CCCUUAGUGGUUGACUUGUUUUUGACCCUGUGGGUGUUUUCCUCUCAUUUCUGUGAAUCCUGCUCCCUAUAAAAGAGGGACCAGUAGCAAGGAGGAAGAGGGUGAGCACAGGCUGUGCUCCUUUCCUCAAAUCCAAAGAAAUCUCAGUUGUGAAAGCGAUGGGGCUGCUGCUGCUACUCUUUUUGGCUGGUUUAAUGCUACAAAAUGGCCAAGGGUUAUCAAGCUCCCAGGGAAAGCAAUUCAUCACUGCUUUCAUGGAAAAUUUUGAGACCAAUAGGCCUUCUGAAACAAGCUUGAAGCUAUUUCUCGUGGGCCACGGCAAUGACACCAGAGUCACUGUGACAGUGACCAGGUCUUCAUCCCGCCAAAUUUACUCAGUUGCAGGAGAUGAAACGGUACCUGUGGAUCUCCCCACGAGUUUGGAAAUGAAAGGCAGUGGCUUUUUCACCCAUUCCAUUGUGAUUGAGGCUGAGCAUGACAUUUCAGUGGUCUCAUUUAAUCGGAAAUUGUAUUCUAUUGCAAGCAUGACAGUCCACCCAGUCCAUGAGCUUGGCAGUACCUAUUACAUCAUCACACCUCCUGGCUCCAAAGUGGCAAGUUACCAGAAAGAACUGGCUGUCAUAGCUUGGCAGAAUCCUACCCAAGUCACCAUUGAACUGCAAGGUGAAGUCGUCUACCAGGGACAGUCGUAUGGGGCAGGGCGUACCCUCACAGUACCCCUCAAAGCUUUCCAAGUUCUUCAGUUGCAAAGUGAUGAUGACUUGUCUGGCACCAGGCUUCAGUCCUCAGCUCCUGUGGCAGUCUUGAGUGGCCAUGUCUGCGUUCAGGAAAAUUAUUACUGUGACCACGUUGCUGAGCAACUUCUGCCAGUCUCCAAGUGGGGCAAGACAUUCAUCAUUCCUCCCGUGCCUCUGCAGACUGGUUUGGAUAUUAUCUAUGUGGUGGCUUCUCAAAACACACGUGUUGUUUAUCAGUCAGGACAGAACAAAGGCUUUCAAGAUAUGGUGGGUGGAGAAAUCGCCCAGUUUCCACUCCAGUUCCCUCAAGCAUUUUACAUCUCUGCCGAUGCUGGAAUCCAGGUUGUUUUGUUUUUCACUGGGAUCAAGACCGGGAACAUAGGAUAUGAUCCAUUUCUCAUCAACAUCCCUGACAUCAGCAGUUAUGGCCUGGCCUACCGUAUUGAUGGUCUCAGAAAGUUUGAUAACCAUAUCCUUAUCAUAGCAAAAAGCUCUGAAUCCGUUACCUGGGAUAAAUCUGUUGUGGCAGGCGUGCAAUGGCAAUUGAUCCCUGACUCAGAGUACUCAUGGGGAGAAUAUCAGUGGAAAGCUGAUAUUAACCAACGGUCUGUUUUCCUCGAGAUUCUUCAAGCUCCGUUUGGUGUUUUGGCCUAUGGAAACAAGAAUUAUGAAGGCUACGGCUUUGCUCCAUCACCUUUUGGCACACUCGCUCCAGUCCCAGUCCCAGAUCCUGUCCAGUUGACCUGCCCCGAGAACAGCCACUACCUAUCCUGUGGAAAUGCCUGUCCUGCAACAUGUUCUGACCGAACUGCUCCAUCCAGAUGUAAAAAUACCUGUGCAGAAGUCUGUCAGUGUGACCCAGGCUACCUCUUCAGUGGAGAGAAAUGUGUUCCCCAGGAGAGUUGCAACUGCACUUACAAAGAUGUGACCUACAGAGCAGGAGAGGAGUUUUGGGCAGAUGAAAACUGCCAGUCCCGUUGCAGGUGUGAUAACAAGUUAGGCAAAACUGUGUGUGUGAAGUCUUCUUGCAAAGCCAAGACAAAAUGCAUUGUGGUGAAUGGUGUUCGUGGUUGUCACGCCACUACCUACAGUACCUGCAUUGCAUCUGGGGAUCCACAUUACCUUACAUUUGAUGGAACCAAAUAUGAUUUUAUGGGAAGUUGUGUGUAUCAGCUGGUGGGCAUCUGCUCCAAGAACCCAGCCCUCACCCCGUUUUUGGUCACAGUGGAGAACGACAUCCGAGGCAAUAAGGCUGUGUCCUUUACCAAAGCGGUGACCUUGGAGGUUUAUAACAUGACCAUAAGCCUGAGCAAAAGUGCCCCACGUCAGAUUGAGAUCAAUGGAGUUUUAGUGGAUUUACCCUUUUCUUACGAAAAUAAACUGAAUGUCUACCAGAGUGGGGUCCAUGGCUUCAUUCAAACUGAUUUUGAUUUGACCGUCACUUAUGACUGGUGUAGCUACAGCAGGGUGAUUCUUCCCAGUACGUAUGCCAAUUUGGUCUGUGGACUCUGUGGCAAUGCCAACCAGAAUCCUCACGAUGACUUUGACAUGCAGGAUGGAAGUCAAACCAGUGAUAUAAUACAAUUUGCAAACAGCUGGAAGGUGAAGGAUGUCCCUGGGUGUGCUACAGGAUGCACCGGUAAAUGCCUACAAUGCAGUGACACUGAGAAACGAACCUACCAAGCUGAACGUUAUUGUGGGAUCCUCACCAAACGAAAUGGACCAUUUGCACCCUGUCACAGGACUAUUAACCCAACCAAAUUCUUUGAAGAUUGUGUCUUUGAUACCUGCACAUACAAGGGACAUCCAAAUGUUUUUUGUGAGGCCAUCGCUACUUAUGCAACUACCUGCCAAGCUCAAAAUAUCCAGAUUAAGCCAUGGCGAUCAACCUCCUUUUGCAGUUUUUCCUGUCCACUUAAUUCUCACUAUGAAUUGUGUGGAAAUGGCUGCCCUGCCACCUGUCACAGUUUUGUCACUCCCAGUUCUUGUGAUGCUCCAUGCACUGAAGGGUGCUUCUGUGAUUCUGGAUUCAUCCUCAAUGGGGAUGAGUGCGUCCCCGUUGCUGAGUGUGGUUGUGUGCAUGAGGGCAGGUACUACAAAAAGAGAGCAGAGUUCUACCCUACGAACACUUGUCAGGAGAAGUGUCGUUGUGUGGACGAUGGUGCUGUUGACUGCCACCAGUUUUCCUGUGGGAGUUAUGAGGAGUGCAGGGUGGAGAAUGGCAUCCAGGGCUGUUACCCUAUUGGUUAUGGAACAGUGGCAACGUCCGGUGGAUUCCAUUAUAUUACCUUUGAUGGGAAGACUUUUGAUUUUCCUGGUUCCAGCUCUUACAUCUUAACUCGAGUAACCGACAAAGAUAAUCAGCAGGUGAAGUUUUCUGUAGUGGUGGAACAUGAGAAUGCAGAUAAUGAAUCUUUACUUGAUAUAACAUCAGUUGUUACCUACAUACAUGGAUAUACUAUUGUUCUGGAGAGAGGAAAGAGAUGGCAAGUUAAGGUAGAGGACGAGCUUUACAAUCUACCAUUUAGCGGAGAUAAUGGAAAACUUUGGAUCAAUCAAGAAGGGAAUAAUAUUAUUAUCCAGUCAUCUGAAGGUUUCAAAGUCAUUUAUGACAUCGCCAACUAUGUCGAAGUUUUUGUGCCUAGGAUCUACCAAGAACAGACAUCUGGACUUGGUGGCAAUUUCAACGAUAACCUUGAUGAUGAUUUUAUGCUGCCUGAUGGAACUCUCACCUCAAGUGCAGAUGACUUUGGAAUCUCGUGGGAAGUCCCCACAAUUGGCAGCAUUUGCUCUGAGAACUGUGUGCAGAAAUUCCCUGCUUAUGAUGAGGCCAGAACUUCACAAUAUGAAGGUGACAGAUACUGUGGCCUCAUCACACUUGAGUCAGGCCCAUUCAAAGACUGUCAUUCAUUUGUGGGUCCUGCAGAGUUCUUUCACAGCUGCCUGUAUGACAUGCAAGUUGUUGGUGAGGGAGCUCUCUGUCAAAAUCUUCAAGCUUACACAGCUAAAUGUCAAGCAGCUGGAGCUGAAAUUGAUGACUGGAGAACAGCUGUCUCUUGCCCUUUCUUCUGUCCAGCUAAUAGCCACUAUGAGACAUGCAUUAGAGCUUGUGAUUCCAGCUGUGCCAGUUUCUACACUACAGUGCAGUGCACUAAGAAUUGUUUUGAAGGUUGCCGGUGUAAUGAUGGCUACAUGUUUGAUGGGGAUGCAUGUGUACCUCUGGAAAAGUGUGGCUGUACCCAUAAUGGUCUCUAUCUGAAGGCUGGAGAAAGCAUCUUUUCAACCAACUGCACCAAGAAAUGCAGUUGUCAGGUUCUUGAUCAAAUCACCUGUGAGGAAACAGCAUGUCGGAGUGAAGAGAUAUGUGUUGUCCAAAAUGGUGUGCGUGGCUGUGAGCACAGAGAAGGCCAGUGCAAAAUUUCCCCAGAGGCCCAGCUUGUUUCUUUUGAUGGAACUUCAGCAAGAUGGAACUUCUGUGGUGGGGUUUAUGACGUGUCCUCUCUGUGCGAUGAGAGUGAUCCCUCCUGGUUCAGGGUAUCUGUGAACAUCGGAAAGGACUGUGAAGAUAACCUGUCAGUGGUCAAGGCUGUUCAUGUUUUCUUUGGAGAGGCUGUCAUUACUCUGAAAAAGAACAACCGGAUAUGGGUUAAUGGACGGUCAGUAAACCUGCCAUACAAAGUCUCCAAACGUCUGACUUUAAGCAAGGAUCAAGAUGGGAUUGUGAUUGACCGGGCUUCUGAUGUACAAGUUUAUUUUUCUCUUGAUGGUGGGGUAACAGUGAAAGUCAAGGAUAUUCUUCCAGAGAAGCUAUGUGGACCGUGUGGGAACUUCAAUGGGGACCCCACAGAUGACUGGAAAUUGCCACAUGGGGAAUCUGAGCACACUGCUGAGGUUCUCUAUGCUUGGAAGGCCAAGGACUUUUAAAAUGGACCAGCUGCUUCAAGGAGAACCAACCUGUUCAGUGUGUUCUGCCCUAGAGGGGCAUAUCACUUUAAUCCAAUGAGAUCUGAAGAAUGAGGGGACAAGCACACUGCAUUUCCACUGAUAUUCUGGUGAACUAUAUGGUACCCUCUCUUGAACUUUCUGGAGGAUGUCCAGACAAAGCUCUUAGAAUGUUUGCUUUUCAAAAACUUCUAGAAAUGAUCAGAUGACUGGGGUUGUUUUUUUCUUUUUGCUGUGGUGGUGAUAUGUUCUUUAUUUUAUGGAUUUUACAUAUUGUAGACUGCUGGGGAUGGAUAAAAAUUAGACUUUGUAUAAGUAUCACAAUAUGAAUGAAUAAAUGGACGAAUGAUGCCAAACAUAA